UAUAGUCAGUAAUAUUCAACGACUUUGUCUUUUAGUACGCAAGUGUCUUCUCUACUUGAUCAACCCCUUUAAAUUCCCAAAAUUUGAUUCUACGGCUUCAGUUUCCUGGAUAUUCUGCAAAUCUUUGUUUUGUUUUGUUUUUUCUUUUUUUUUUUUUUUUUUUUUGAAUUUUUUGCUGUGAAAUUCUAGCAAAAGCUUCAACAAUGACAUCACACAUUAAUGGAGGAGAUGAAGAAUCACUCACUGAGCCACUUGUGAAUCCCUCUAGGCGUCGAUUCUCUCUCAACAACACCAAUUCUCAACUUGCUCUUGUUGGUGUCAAUGUUUGUCCAAUUGAAAGUCUUGAUUAUGAAAUUAUUGAGAAUGAUUUUUUCAAGCAAGAUUGGAGAAGUAGAGGGAAGGUUCAGAUAUAUCAAUACAUGUUUAUGAAAUGGGCAUUGUGUUUUCUUAUUGGAUUAAUUGUCAGUCUAAUAGGGUUCUUCCAUAAUCUUGGUAUUGAGAAUAUAGCUGGGAAGAAAUUUGUUAUCACUUCCAAUAUGAUGUUGUAUAACAGGCAUUUGUCAGCAUUUUUGGUGUUUACAGCUUGUAAUCUUGGGUUAACUCUAUUUGCAUCAUUGUUUACUGCACUUGUGUCGCCGGAGGCUGCUGGGUCAGGUAUACCUGAAGUUAAGGCUUACUUGAAUGGUGUGGAUGCACCUGACAUUUUUUCUCCAAGGACUUUGAUAGUUAAGAUUAUUGGCAGCAUCACUGCUGUUUCAGCUUCCCUUAUGAUUGGAAAAGCAGGCCCCAUGGUGCACAUGGCUUCAUGUGUUGCUUCGUUGCUCGGUCAGGGUGGAUCAAAGAAGUAUGGUCUGACAUGGAAAUGGCUUCAUUAUUUCAAAAAUGAUCGAGAUAGGAGAGAUCUUGUAACAUGUGGUACCGCUGCUGGAAUUGCUGCCGCUUUCCGUGCUCCUGUUGGUGGUGUGUUAUUUGCUUUGGAAGAAAUGGCUUCUUGGUGGAGAAGUGCACUCAUGUGGAGAGCAUUCUUUUGUACAGCAGUUGUUGCUAUCAUGCUUCGAAGUUUCAUGGAUUUGUGUUACAGUGGCAAGUGUGGACUCUUUGGUACUGGUGGUUUGAUAAUGUUUAAUGUCACUAAAGAAAAUGUGGUAUACUACCUCAAUGACGUGCCAUAUGUGCUGCUGCUUGGAGCCAUAGGGGGCUUAUUAGGAGCCUUGUAUAAUUUCAUCCUAGAAAAGGUUCUUCGACUUUACAAUUUUAUUAACAGGAAAGGCAUUGUAUGCCAAAUAAUUCUUGCUUGUAUAGUCUCUUUAUUCACCUCCUGCCUUCUGUUUGGACUUCCAUGGUUUGUAGCUUGCCAACCUUGUUCAGGUGAUUCACCUGAGGCUUGUCCUACUAUAGGCCGAUCUGGUAACUACAAGAAAUUCCAGUGUGCACCGGGACACUACAAUGAUCUUGCCAGUUUGAUUUUCAACACAAAUGAUGAUGCCAUUCGAAACCUGUUUCGUCACAGCACCGAUUCUGAAUUUCAUGGCACAUCCAUGCUUAUAUAUUUUGUAACUUGCUUUUUCUUAAGCAUUUUUAGCUAUGCUAUUGUGCUCCCUUCUGGUCUCUUCAUACCUGUUAUUGUGACGGGUGCAUCGUUUGGGCGUUAUGUUGGGAUGUUGAUUGGUUCAAAGUCAAGUCUGAACCAUGGUCUCUUUGCUGUGCUGGGUGCUGCUUCAUUUCUUGGAGGGUCUAUGAGAAUGACGGUCUCAUUGUGUGUUAUACUUCUUGAACUAACCAAUAAUCUGUUGCUACUGCCUCUUGUAAUGUUAGUUCUACUUGUCUCUAAGACUGUGGCUGAUAGUUUUAAUGCCAAUAUAUAUGACAUCAUGAUGAAGCUGAAGGGCUUCCCUUACCUAGAAACCCAUGCUGAGCCAUACAUGAGGCAACUGAAUGUAGCUGAUGUAAUUACUGAGCCACUUGAGUAUUUCCGUGGGAUCGAAAAUGUAGGAAAUAUAGUUGAUUCUCUUAAAAGAUCAAGACACAACGGGUUUCCUGUGCUCAAUGAACCAGAAGAAUCUGCAAGUCCUGUUCUGUUCGGCUUAAUCCUUCGAGCUCAUCUUAUUGUGUUGCUGAAGAAGAAAGCUUUUGUUCUUGCACCAGUGUCAGCUGGUGCUGAUGUACUUGAGCAGUUCUCUUCUGUGGACUUUGCAAAAGGUGGGUCCAGCAGUAUUGAUGACAUUGAAGAUGUUGAAUUUACAGACGAAGAAUUGAAGAUGUUUGUUGAUCUUCGUCCAUUUACAAAUACUUCACCCUAUACAGUUGUGGAGACGAUGUCCCUAGCAAAGGCUCUUGUACUUUUCCGAGAAGUUGGUCUCAGGCACAUGCUAGUGGUACCAACGACAGCUGAUAGACCACCUGUUGUGGGGAUGUUGACAAGACAUGAUUUUAUGCCAGAUCACAUACUCAGUUUGCAUCCUUCACUGGUGAAUAAGAGGAAACGGUUAAGAUUUCAGCUUACUCCCUUUGCGAAAUUCUUUUAGGCAUCAUCUUCCAUAAAUUGGAAGACAUCUUUUUUUGUUCAGAUUUGUAGUUAUAGAUAGCUAGCUUAAGCGAAAACUUGUAAUUCUCAGUAUCUGUAGAUUAUCGACUCAUUCCAUGUGGUUGAAGGUAACCAAGGCUGGAAUUGAACCUUAACGCUGCAGCCUUGAUGGCUGGAUGUGCAUUUUUUGAAGGAUGGAGAAAGAUGUUUACAAGUUGUUGAUCACUCAUGGCAUUUUUCUGGUUCCUUCUGAAGUUCUGAUAUUUUGUAAAGAGGAAAUGCAAAGGGUUUUUUUAGUUUUGCAUUCUUUUGAUGGCCAUUGUACUACUCAUUAUUCUUGAUCAUGGUAAUGAAUAGCAAUACCACGUUCAACUGCUUUGUGCUGAUUACAUAUUAUAUUAACUAAAUGUUCAUUUUCGUUGAUGAAAUCAUUAAUAAAUAAUACAUAAUGAUAAAUAUAAGAAGUGAGGCUCAUCUAAAUAACAAGCUAGUAGUAGCUAACCAUUGGAGCACAAAUAAUAAUACGAGUAAUACUUAAUUUUUUUGUGUUGGUUUUGGCUACUUAGUAUUUGUCUAAGCCGGGUUACAUAUAGAUUUUGACUUCAUUCUCUCUCCACUCCGUAAAUAAUAUAAAAUCGUGCAAAAGGUUAUCAACUAACAAAAACAAGCUAAAGUAGUUUUAUAAAACAUUCAAUCAUUCAUACAGAAGUUGUGUCAAAUUACAAAUGACCAUUAAGUUUGCACCAAAAAAAAAAAAAAACAUAAGGUAUACAAAAAAAUCCAUAUUUGUCAAAGUUUUGGCUACUUAGUAUUUGUAGAAGCCGGGUUACAUAUAGAUUUUGACUUCAUUCUCUUUCGAUCCUUAAAUAAUAUAAAAAUCGUGCAAAAGGUUAUCAACUAAUAAAAACAAACUAGAGUAGUUUUAUAAAACAUUCAAUCAUUCAUAAAGAAGUUGUGUCAAAUUACAAAUGACCAUUAGGUUUGCACCACCAAAAAAAAAAA